AUAUAUGUAAUACCAGGUAUAAAGAGCUGUAUGUUGGGUUGCCUAUAUCAUAACAGCAAAUUCUUAAUUUCCCACUCCUCCCUUAACCGAAGCAUUUUAAUGGCUGCCGCGUCGUCUCAGGCUUGUAUCGAAUACCUCAUAAAUUCUAACUAAAAACUACCUGAAAUCAACGAUGGCCCAACGCUUCCCUGGGCCAGGCCCAUCCCCGGGAUCAGGCGGGCCGCCACCGCAGCGUUAUCAGCCGCCUCCGAACCAACUACGAUCGUAUCCCGGACCGCCGUUUGCACCGAUGCAAAGAAGUGGUUUUACACCACCACCAAACAUGCAACCAGGUCCAGGCGGUAGUCAAUUAAUGCCAAGACCACCUCAACAACCCUAUUCCCCAAUGAGGGCUGGCCCCAUUUGCAACAAACGGCCGGCAGAUGACCGCCGCGGCGGGCCAAUUCAACAAAAAGGACAUUACAAUGAGUACAUGCACGGCAAAAAGAAGAAAAAACUAGCUGAUAAGAUCCUACCACAAAAAGUAAGGGACCUAGUACCAGAAAGUCAAGCUUACAUGGAUUUACUAGCUUUUGAGAGGAAACUAGAUGCUACAAUCAUGAGAAAGAGGUUGGAUAUUCAAGAAGCACUUAAAAGACCCAUGAAACAAAAGCGAAAACUACGGAUUUUCAUUUCUAAUACUUUCUAUCCAAGUAAAGAACCAAGUGCAGAUGGACCUGAAGGACCUGGUCAAGAAGGUACUCUUGCUUCUUGGGAGUUACGAGUCGAAGGUCGCCUUCUGGAAGACACCAAGAACGACCCCAACAAAGUAAAACGCAAGUUUUCCUCCUUCUUCAAAUCGCUGGUCAUCGAGCUGGACAAGGAACUCUACGGCCCUGAUAAUCACCUUGUCGAAUGGCACCGCACACUCAGCACUCAAGAAACCGACGGUUUUCAAGUCAAACGACCCGGCGACAAGAACGUACGCUGCACAAUUCUACUUCUCUUGGACUAUCAACCACUGCAGUUCAAGCUGGAUCCGCGCCUUGCUCGUCUUCUCGGCGUGCAUACACAAACACGCCCGGUGAUCAUCAGCGCUCUAUGGCAGUACAUCAAAACGCAUAGGUUACAAGACUCUCACGAACGCGAGUACAUUGUCUGCGACAAGUACUUGGAGCAAAUUUUCGGCUGUAAUCGCAUGAAAUUCGCUGAAAUUCCACAACGUCUCAACCCACUUCUACAUCCCCCAGACCCAAUCGUUAUCAAUCAUGUUAUUUCCGUCGAAGGUGGCGCAGAUAACAAACAAACUGCUUGUUAUGAUAUCGAUGUGGAAGUCGAUGAUACUCUCAAGACUCAGAUGAAUAACUUUUUGUUGUCUACGGCCAGUCAACAGGAGAUUCAGGGCUUGGAUUUGAAGAUUCACGAAACCGUGGAUACAAUCAAUCAGUUAAAGACGAACAGAGAGUUCUUUUUGAGUUUUGCCAAGGAUCCGCAGCAGUUUAUACACAAGUGGAUUGUGUCGCAGACGCGCGACUUGAAGGCGAUGACUGACGUGGUGGGUAAUCCAGAGGAGGAACGCAAGGCGGACUUCUUCUAUCAGCCGUGGGCUCAAGAGGCGGUUUGUAGGUAUUUCUAUACUAAAGUGCAGCAGAAACGCGCUGAGCUGGAGCAGGCGCUUGGCAUUCGUAAUAAUUAAUUAUAAAAUAUUCGAGUUAGGUUUAAGUGAAUUUAGGGUAAGGUUUUUAAUAUUUCGAAUAAAAAAUAAACAAGAAGAUAAAUGUCAAACAAA